AUGAAACUGCUAGGUCCUCUUGAAUUUUCUGAUAUGAAUUUGGGUCCACCAAAUAAAAAUUCUUCUAUAUUAUGUACAUCAUCACGUUUUACUGGUAAUCAAAAAUCCAAAGGAAAAUCUUACAAUGUCGAUGUUAUAUUUCAUCAUGUUGAUUUAGAACGUUCUUAUAUAUGUGGUUAUUUAGGUAUAACUGGUUUAAUAGAUGAAUAUCCAAUAUUAUCAACAUUUUUUGAUGCUGAAAUAAUAUCAAAACGUUAUCCAUUUUUAACACGUAAAUGGGAAGCUGAUGAAGAAGUUGAUAAACAACAUUGGAGUAAAUUUGAUGCAUUUCUGCCUUAUAUUGAUACAUUUAAUACUGAUUCAUUUGAUUAUGAUCAAUUAUUAAGAGGAAAAAAUUCUGAUUAUGUUUUUAUGCGAUGGAAAGAACAUUUUCUUGUACCUGAUCAUACUGUUAGAGAUAUAACUGGUGCAUCAUUUGCUGGUUUUUAUUAUAUAUGUUUACAAUUAAGUACAGGAAAAUUACAAGGUUAUUAUUAUCAUAAUUCAUCUGAAUGGUUUCAAAGUUUAACUUUGGAACAUGUACCACAAAAGACAUCGAGUGUCUUUCAAUUUCGUUAA